GCCGCAGGAGUAAAUCGGUACCGUCCAGUCAAAGGAAGCGGCCCCACGUGUUACACGUGUCACGACUGCAGUGCUGCAAGCCACAAUAGUUGUAAAUAAAGGCAUUGGCAUCGGAAUUGGAAUUGGCAUCUGUAUUGGCUUCUGCUCAUAUUGGAAGCUUUUCUUUCAAAAACACACGGAGACUCUCUCUCUCGUUAGUCGGUUGGUUGUUACAUAUUCGAAACUCCUGCGAUGCAAUUAUAGUUUUGUGUAUGAUAGGGAUUUGAAUUGAUUUUGAUGGCAAUGGAGUGUGGAUCAGAGGCUCAUACAAUUGGGGUAGAGGGCAUAUGGAGGAGGCAGCUUGGUUUACUUGACCCUCGAAAAUUUGCGCGCCGAAUUGGUGGUUCUGAGGGCAUCAUAAAACGGAUGAGUUUGUAUGCAAAGCUGGAUGGACACGAUGGUUGUGUAAAUACAGUACAGUUUAAUCCUACUGGUGACCUUCUUGUAACCGGAUCUGAUGACAGGCAGGUUAUAUUCUGGGAGUGGGCAGCUAAAGCCAAAAGGUUUUCGUAUCCUUCUGGCCACUCAGACAAUGUCUUUCAGGCCAGGAUCAUGCCUUUCACAGAUGAUCGUAGCGUAAUAACUUGUGCUGCAGAUGGUCAGGUCCGGCACGGCUUGAUAUUGGAGAAUGGGCUGGUGGACACGAAAAGACUUGCGAAGCACCAGGGCCGUGUUCACAAGCUUGCCAUAGAACCAGGAAGUCCCCACAUAUUUUAUAGUUGUGGGGAAGACGGAGUUGUACAGCAUUUUGACCUGCGAAGUCACAGCGCUGCCAGGCUUUUCUCUUGUUCUUCUUUGUCAGAAAACAAGCAAUAUCAUAGUAAUGUGCGUCUGAAUGCAAUCGUUAUCGACCCGCGAAAUCCAAACUAUUUUGCAGUGGGAGGAUUUGAUGAAUAUGCACGUGUUUAUGACAUAAGGAGUUCCCCACUUGAUUCACCAGUGAACACAUUCUCACCCAAUCACCUGAUUGGUAAUGAUAGUGUUCACAUCACAGGGUUGGCUUAUUCUGCCACAAGUGAAUUGCUUGUUUCAUAUAACGAUGAGCUUAUCUAUCUGUUUCAGAAGAACAUGGGAAUGGGUCCAAACCCAAAGUCACUAUCAGCGGAGAAAUUACAUGAGUUGGAUCAACCUCAGGUGUAUGUAGGCCAUCGCAAUGCACGAACUGUUAAAGGUGUAAAUUUCUUUGGCCCUAAUGAUGAGUAUGUUGUGAGUGGAUCAGAUUGUGGUCGAAUAUUCAUUUGGAAGAAGAAAGGUGGUCAACUACUAUGGCUAAUGGUUGGUGAUAAACAUGUUGUCAACUGUCUUGAACCCCAUCCUUGUGUGACCAUUCUAGCUACUAGUGGAUUAGAGAAGAAUGUGAAGCUUUGGGCUCCUAUUGCUGAGGCCCCCAUUCCACUCCCUGAUAAUGCAGAACAGAUAAUGGAAGCCAACAGGCAGGGAAGAGAGGAUCGUUCAAGGAUUACUGUUACUCCUGAUGUUAUAAUGCAUGUAUUGAGGUUGCAGAGGAGGCAGGCAAUGGUCUAUAUUGAGAGGAAUGCAAGAACGGAUUUUGAUAGUGAUGGAGAAGCCGAAGAAGAUGCUUAUAUAUUAAGACUUUUUGGUAGUGAUGCAUCAUCAGAUGAAGGGGCCUCAGCAAAUCCCAAGGAGUGCACUAUUAGUUGAGAGAGAUUCCUAAUGUACAUAUUCCAUGUCUGUUUCUCCUCGUAAUUAUGUUUUGACCUGUUAAUACGCUUAGUUUUUCUUAAACCAUAAGAGGUCAGUUUUCUGUGAGCUA